AUGGCAGGCGCUGGGUGGCGGGGGCGGCUGUGGGCGCUGAGUCGGUGGCAGCCGCCCGGGCAGUGGCUUGGGACGCUGGUCCGCGGCCGCUGCACUGGGGACUCCGCCGUGUCCAGGCUGGUGGAAGCGGGGCUGCAGCCGCGGCUGGACAAGUUCGGCGGCCUCAGCCUGCGGUUGGCUCAGCUGCGGGCUCCCGACAGCCUGGACGGCGCCACCUUCCGGGACUGGCUGCAGGAUUCUGUCAAGCAAUGGAAAGCAGAAGGCCACAAAGCAAUCUGGCUACAUGUUCCUAUCCUCCAGAGCAGAUUUAUAGCAGCUGCUGCAGAGCAAGGCUUUACCUUCCACCAUGCAGAAUCAGACUCUGCUACAUUGACCCUGUGGCUAGGAGAAGGACUCAGCAAGUUGCCUCAUUAUGCUACUCAUCAAUUAGGCGUUGCAGGUGCUGUGUUAGAUGUCAACUCUGGAAAAGUAUUGGUUGUACAAGACCGAAAUAAAACUACAAACGUCUGGAAAUUUCCAGGAGGAUUGUCUGAACCAGGUGAAGAUAUAGGAAACACAGCCAUUCGAGAAGUUUUUGAAGAGACUGGCAUAAAGUCAGAAUUCAAGUCCCUUCUAAGUAUACGGCAGCAACACAGACACCCUGGAGCCUUUGGGAAGUCCGAUAUGUAUAUCAUCUGCCGCCUGAAGCCUUGUUCUUUCAACAUCAAUUUCUGCCAGCAGGAAUGCCUGAGGUGUGAAUGGAUAGACCUAGCUGAGCUUGCCAAGACAAAAAACACUACUCCAAUCACCAGCAAUGUAGCUAGACUACUUCUCUAUGGAUACAAGGAAGGAUUUGAUAAAAUUGAUUUAACCGUGAGAGAAUUUCCAUCCGUGUACACUGGCCUUUUCUAUAAACUGUACCAUAGAGAACUGCCAGAGAAUAAUUGA